AUCACGGCCACGGCCGUCAUCUCAUUGGACGAAGAAGAAAAAGAAGAAGUUGAUUCUAAAGCCUGUAGUACGCAAUUCAGACCUGAGCUUCAGAAAAAGUCACACACAUCCACAAAAACUAUGGCGGCAGGUAAACCGUGGAGCCGUGGGAGACCAUCGUUGCCCAGCAUUCAUUUGGCAAUUGAAGAAGAAAAAGAGUCCCCUGUAGCGGCGAAAAUGAGGAUCUCACGUGGUGUAAUGGUUGUCAGCAGCGGAUUCCUGCUCCUCUCCACCGCCUACCGAUCUCUUCAGAACCUUCAGAGCAGCAUCAUCAACGAAGCUGACCUAGGUGCAGCUUCCAUGGCUCUCAUGUACAUUGCCAGUGUCAUAUCUUGCAUAUUCGUGUCGAGUUACAUGAUUGGCCGUCUGGGGCUUAAGCACACAAUGGUGGUCGCCAUGUCCAUGUACUUCGUCUAUUUUCUGGCCAACAUGAAGCCAACAUGGCUGACGCUCUUGCCUGGUUCCUUUGUGCUCGGUCUGGGAUGCGGUCCCCUGUGGACGGCCAAAUCGUCGUACUUAACCACUUUAGCCCAGGAAUGCGCGGAUGUGGAAGAGAGAGGGGACCCUGCACCUUUCAUCUCCCGUGUCUUCGGCAUAUUCUUCGCAAUGUACCAGACCGCGCAAGUCUGUAGCGCUCUCCUCUCUUAUUGGCUUUUCGCCCCACCUGACACUACGAGCGAAGACCCUCCGCAGUUCAUAGAACGCUGUGGGGCUUCCUUUCAUCCAACUGAUGAUGCGAUUGGCAACGAGACAGCCAUGAGGAGCAUCCCAGAAUCGCAGGUUCUAACGCUGAGUGCGCUGUACACGGGUUUAGUAUUGGCCGCCAUUGCGGUACUCUUCAUCUUUCUCGAUAAAAUGCCCGAUGAAGUUCGUGAUUCCAGCCCUCCUAUGAAGCUUCUCGUCGAAACCGUUCACCAAACGAGACAGGGCUUCCAGCAGCUGAUGAUUCCCCUGACUGUGUACGGCGGCAUGCAACAAGUCUUCUUCUGGGUAGAAUUCACUCAGGCAUUUGUCAGCUGCUCCUGGGGCCCCGGACGCGUUGGACGCGUCAUGGUAUGUCACGGGAUGGCGGGCAUCAUUUCUUCGCUGACUUUCGGCUUUCUGUCGGCGAGGGUGCCACGAAUUUUACUUGUAAUGACGGCAGCACUGCUGGACUUCGCGGUCAUGGUACGGCUCUUAACGUGGAAGCCAACACCGCAAGACGCACGUAGCUUCUAUUUAAUUGCAAUCUGCUGGGCUGUGGCAGACGCUUCCUGGAAGACUCAGAUCAACACAUUCUACGGCAUCUUGUUCUGGGACAGACGAAAUGCGGCGUUCGCCAAUUACCAGCUGUGGGAAUCGAUAGGCCUCAUCGUCAUGUUUGCAGUGCAGAGCACAGUGCGUGUGUACUUGAAGAUAGCCGGACUCAUGAUGUGUCUCGCGGCUGGUGUUAUAGGAUACAUUGUCAUAGAGAUGAUGAAUCGUUCCCGGAAUCUUCCUUCACUGAAGAACCCAACCUGAUCGACCGUUGAUGAGUGAGAACACUAAUUUGUCGUUGCUGUGCAUGCGUCUGGAGUCUUGUGUCCACUGAAUUAUCGGUAUCCGACGUUUUUCUUGUGUGCGCAUACGAUUGAGAACUGUUGUAAACAUAUAACUUAUACCGAAUGUCCUGUGCUUCAAAUGAAGUGUAGGUGGGCCAUCUAAUCGU